CCUGACUGACGUUCUAAAGCCUGUAAAGUUCUGUAAAUAGCAUUUCCCUUGCUCCCGUGCCCCUGUCGAUACCGGGCUAGGUCUGGUACUGGGUCAGGUGACCUCGGUCUUGUAUUGUCCUUCGUGUUUUUAACAAAUCAAAUCCAAGGUGCCACUAUGCUGCGGGUGUUCAGGUACAAAAAGCACAAAUUAGGGUUUACACAUUUCGCACGCCACCAUCAAAAGGCUGUCUUAGCCAUCCGAAGAGAGGACAUCAAUGCCUGGGAAAGACGAGCACCACUUGCGCCAAAGCAUGUCAAAGAACUUACACGUCUCGGGUACAAAGUUUUGGUUCAGCCCUCAAACAGAAGAGCCAUCCAUGAAAAGGAAUAUAGUAAAGCUGGUGGAAUUAUUCAGGAAGAUAUUUCGGCAGCAUCUCUAAUUGUGGGUGUAAAGAGACCCCCAGAAGAAAAGUUAAUACCAAAGAAAACCUAUGCAUUCUUUUCACACACAAUAAAGGCUCAAGAGGCAAAUAUGUCACUAUUGGAUGAAAUUCUAAAAUUAGAAAUUCGAUUGAUUGAUUAUGAAAAAAUGACAGACCAUAAAGGAAUGAGGGUAGUGGCGUUUGGGCAGUGGGCGGGUGUAGCAGGUAUGAUCAACAUGCUACAUGGUUUAGGCUUACGGUUUCUUGCUCUGGGGCAUCAUACACCCUUUAUGCACAUUGGGAUGGCUCACAACUACAGGAACAGCAGCCAGGCAGUGCAAGCUGUAAGAGAUGCAGGGUAUGAAAUCUCUCUUGGCUUGAUGCCCAAAUCUAUUGGACCACUUACUUUUGUUUUCACCGGCACUGGUAAUGUUUCUAAGGGUGCACAAGAAAUAUUUAAUGAGCUGCCUAAUGAGUUUGUUGAGCCGCAUGAAUUGCAGGAAGUUUCCAAAACAGGAGAUCUUAGAAAAGUUUACGGAACAGUUCUUAGUCGUCAUCAUCAUCUUGUUAGAAAAACUGAUGGGAUUUAUGAUCCGGUGGGAUAUGAUAAGAAUCCUGAACUUUACACAUCCCGCUUUAAUACUGAUAUUGCACCUUACACAACAUGCUUGAUUAAUGGAAUGUACUGGGAUCCACACACACCUCGCUUACUAAACCGCCAUGAUGCACAAAAACUAUUGGCCCCUAUAAAGCCGAGUGCUGAGUCUACAGAAGGAUGUCCAGAGUUACCACACAAACUAUUGGCCAUUGGUGACAUUUCUGCAGACACUGGAGGGUCCAUAGAAUUUAUGACUGAAUGUACCACCAUUGAUGUUCCAUUUUGUAUGUAUGAUGCAGAUCAACAUAUCAUUCAUGACAGUGUUGAAGGUUGUGGUAUUCUUAUGUGUUCCAUUGACAAUUUACCAGCACAGCUUCCAAUUGAAGCCACAGAGUACUUUGGAGACAGGCUGUUCCCUUACAUUGAAGAAAUGCUUAUGUCUGAUGCCACAAAACCCCUAGAACAUCAGAAUUAUUGUCCUGUUGUCCAGAACGCAGUAAUUGCAUCAAAUGGAACUUUGACUCCUAAAUACAAAUACAUACAGAAGCUGAGAGAGACCAGAGAGCACGCACAGUUUAUUGCAAUGGGGACAACAAAGAAGAUUUUAGUGCUUGGAUCUGGUUAUGUUUCUGAACCUGUCAUAAAUUAUUUGACAAGGGAUCCCAACGUGGAGAUAACAGCAGUAUCCAUGAUAAAGGAUCAAAUUGAUCAUCUAUCCAAGAGAUACAAAAAUACAACCCCAGUGGCUAUGGAUGUGUCCAAAAAUGAAGAGAAGCUCUCCGCUCUUGUGAAGAAACAUGACCUGGUUAUCAGCCUACUUCCGUAUGUUGCGCAUCCUUUAGUGGCGAAGAAAUGCAUCAAGAAUAAAGUAAAUUUGGUCACUGCUAGUUAUUUGACACCUUCCAUGAAAGAGUUACAACAAAGUGCAGAGGAAGCUGGGAUUACAAUUGUUGGUGAAAUGGGAUUAGAUCCAGGUCUUGAUCACAUGUUGGCCAUGGAAUGCUUUGACAGGGCUAAAGAAGUGGGAGCAAAGAUUGAAUCUUAUAUAUCUUUCUGUGGAGGAAUUCCAGCUCCUGAGUUUUCUGACAACCCCCUGAGGUAUAAGUUCAGCUGGAGCCCAUUGGCUGUUCUUUUCAACACGGUGCAACCUGCUACAUAUUUGAAAAAUAGUGAGGUUGUUCAUAUUGAAGCAGGGGGGUCUUUGCUUGAUUCAGUUACUGUUAUGGACUGCUUCCCUGGAUUAAAUUUAGAAGGUUUUCCUAACCGCGAUAGCACUAAGUAUGCAGAACCCUAUGGGAUACAGUCAGCCCAUACAUUAAUGAGAGGAACUUUGAGAUAUAAGGGAUUUGCUAAAGCAAUGAAAGGGUUUGUGAAGUUGGGUUUAAUAAAUGCAGAUCCAUGCCCACUGCUUGCUAUAAAUGCUCCAGCUAUAACAUGGCGAGAACUUAUAUGUCAUCUUCACAAUGUUCCAACUACAACCAGUAUCGAUAUGCUCAAAGAACUUGUCUUUAAUAUAGUAGACAGGGAUGAAAGCAACAUGGAAACUAUUCAAUGGUUUGGGCUGUUAAACGAUGAGCCAGUACCCGUUGCAGAUUCUAUAGUGGGAGCACUUGCAAAGCACUUGGAAAUGAUGCUUUCAUAUGGACCUGGAGAAAGAGAUAUGAUUGUUAUGAGAAACGAUGUUGGCAUCAGACAUCCCUCUGGUCAUCUGGAAUCCAAAAAUAUCAGUUUGGUCGUUUAUGGGGAUGUAAAUGGUUAUACUGCUAUGGCAAAAACAGUAGGUUAUCCUACUGCCAUAGCUGCUAAAAUGGUUUUGGAUGGUGAGAUCGACAGCAAGGGCUUGGUUAUUCCAUUGACUAAGAAUAUUUAUGGACCAAUACUGGAACGAGUGAAGGAGGAAGGAAUUUUUUAUAAUUCAAAAAGUACUUUCUCACUCUAAUUAUGUCUAUGGCUUUGUUUUAUGCAAUAAAUUAUACAGUUCCGUA